AUGAAAAUAAUUUCGUUUAACGUUAAUGGAAUCAAAUCUUUUGAUAAGUUCAUUAAGCAAAAUUAUAAUCUUUCUUUCAAUGAUUAUUUAUUAAAAAUUAUGAAAGCUGAUAUUUUGUGUUUGCAAGAAAUUAAAUGUACAAAAAAAGACAUGGAAGAGUUCAGCACACUAAAAGAUUUUAUUACGCUAACAAAUUUUAAUCAAAAAACCAAUGGUAUUUAUGGAGUUAGCACAUUCGUCUCUAAAAGACUGUAUUGUAGAAGACAUAAUAUUUCUGUACCGUAUUCUGAAUAUGGAAGGUCAUUGCUUACAGAUCAUAAGAAUUUUAAAAUUUUAAAUUUAUACUGUCCUUUUUACGAUCCAAAUGGAAACAAAACCAAAGAGUCAGUUAUUAAGUUUUAUCGUGACAUUUACAAUUUUAUCAGUAAAUAUGAUGAUUUAAUAGUUUUAGGAGAUUUUAACGCUACUUAUAGCAUCUUUGAUCAUUAUAUUUAUUAUAACGAAUUUAAGAAAAAUUAUAAUCGUAAAAAUAAAGGCCAGGACUACGUUUUAGAAAUUUUAGAAACAUAUUCUAACGACUUUAAAAAUCAGACUACGCUUAAAAAUUACAAAAAAUUGUGCGACUCGCAAAAUUUUACAGAAGACGAAGUUGAUAUAAAUAUAAAAAAUAACAAUACAAUGCUGUCACAACUAUUUGGCAAAAAUAUUUUAUUAUUUAUGUAUUCUUAUAAAACCAACUAUCUAAAUUACAUUUAUUCGUCUAUUAAUAAUUUACAAAAUGCCACAUUUUCUUUCUCCAGAGAAUCUUAUAAUUGUGAUGUUGAUUAUAGUAUUGAUUUAAUGGAAAAGACAUCAUGUUCAUUGACGGAAUUGCCUUAUCUCGUUGAAAAUAAUGCAACAUUGUUGUUACUUUUUUACAGCACGUUUCAACGCAAAUGGAUGUUAAAAUUUAUACUUGAACUAUCGCACAUAGAUGCAUUUAGACUUUUUCAUACAGGAUAUGAAAAAUACACGUGUUGGAAUAUACAAUUAAAUUUACGUCCGCGCAAUUUAGGAAGUCGUAUUGACUAUAUUUUGAUUCCAAUAAAAUUUUAUAACAGAAUCAUGUUUUCAGAUAUAGAAAAUCAUGUAUAUGGCAGCGAUCAUUGUCCUGUGUAUGUAAACUUAAAUUUAGAAACUGUUGAUGACAAAGAUAACAUUUGUAAAUCUAAAAACAACUUGUUAGGAUUUUUAAAAAGAUAUUAA